AUGGAUCCUGAAUCUGAAUUACCAAAUCACUUAAAGGAUAUCGAACUUGAAACCAAUGGUAACUUACCCAACGACAGAUCCUCUGAACCCGUUAACUCCGUCGACGUUCUCAUAAUUGGUGCCGGCGUGGCUGGGCUUGCGGCUGCACAACGACUGAAGGAAUUACAUAUCAACGACUUCCACAUCCUAGAGGGCAGACAUCGAAUUGGUGGCCGUAUUGCCACAACCACCUUUCAGGAUGUUGAGGUAUGCGAGGGACCCGUAUACAUCCACGGACACGCCAACAACAUAGUGGCCAAACUCGCAAAGCAGUUGGGUAUCGCGGUCCAUCCACCAAACCCCUCGGACACAUGGUCUCGUCCCUUCACUGCUCGCACAUCAUCCAGUGGUGAAAAUAUAGCUGAUCAAGUUACCGGCAGUAUUGAGAAGCACAGAGCUGCCAUGCAGAAACUUGUUGAGACUCCGAUUCCUCCAACCGACGCUUCAGCGGCUACUGUGAUGGCCGCAUGUGGCUGGGAUCCGAUCUCCCCUGUGGACUGUGUCUAUGACUUUGUAGUUAAUGAUAUGUACAACGGUUUGCCACCUCAAGAAGCCUCAACCUACGCUGACAAAAAGGUGAUGGAUACUUACGAAUUGUACGGCACCUUGGAUCGACUGCCGGUCUGGGAGAUACGCCCUCUAAACUCAGUCUGUCCACGAUAG